AUGCCGGAUGGCAGCAAUGUCUCCCGACACCGCCUUGAAACCACAAUGAUCGGGGACCCGACCUCCCGCAUCGAGGGAGACACCCGUCACCCCCGAAGAGGUGGUGGUGGAGGUAAAGGUGGAGGCAAAGGCUUCAGUACGUGCUCAGUUGGUGGAUUUGGUGCAGGAAGAAUGAGUGGCUUCUCUAGAUCUGGAGGCAGCUUUGGAUCACGAAGUCUAACCCACCUUGGUGGAAGUAAAAGAAUUUCCAUUAGCGCAUCAAGCGUCCGUGCUGGGGGAGGCUAUAGUGGUGGUGGAGGAGGAGGGGGAGGAUUUGGUGGUGGUAUAGGAGGAGGAGGAUUUGGUGGUGGUAUAGGAGGAGGAGGAGGAUUUGGUGGUGGUAUAGGAGGAGGAGGAUUUGGUGGUGGUAUAGGAGGAGGAGGAUUUGGUGGUGGUAUAGGAGGAGGAGGAUUUGGUGGUGGUAUAGGAGGAGGAGGAUUUGGUGGUGGUGGCGGAGGGGGAAUUGGUGUUGGGGGAGGUGGAUUUGGUGGGCAAGGAGGUGACCCUGGCUUCCCUGUUUGCCCACCUGGUGGAAUCCAAGAGGUCACCAUCAACCAAAGCCUUUUGCAGCCAUUGAAUGUUGAUAUAGACCCAAAUAUCUCAAAAAUAAAAAUUGAAGAAAGAGAACAGAUCAAAUCGCUUAACAACAAAUUUGCUUCCUUCAUUGACAAGGUUAGAUUCCUAGAGCAGCAGAACCAAGUCCUAGAAACAAAAUGGCGCCUUUUGCAAGAACAGGGUCAAAAGGGUGUCACAAAGAGACCAGGCCUAGAACAACUUUUUGAAGCCUUCAUAAGUAGUCUGAGGAGACGACUGGAUAAUUUAACAAGUGAGAGGGGCCGUCUGGAUGGCGAACUGACCACUAUGCAAGAGCUUGUUGAAGACUACAAGAAAAAAUAUGAAGAUGAAAUUAACAAGCGGACUGAAGCAGAAAAUGAUUUUGUGGUUCUUAAGAAGGAUGUGGAUGGUGCCUACAUGAAAAAGGUGGAGCUGGACGCUAAGGUGGAUGCUUUGAUGGAGGAAAUCAACUUCCUAAGACUUCUCUAUGAACAGGAACUCUCGCAGACGCAACAACAAGUUUCUGACACUUCAGUGAUUCUGUCUAUGGACAAUAACCGUGAUUUCAACAUUAAGGAUAUCAUUGAUGAAAUUAAAAAUCAGUAUGAGCAAAUAGCAGCCAGAAGUAAGGCAGAAGCAGAGGCAGUGUAUGAUGACAAGUACAAACAACUGCAGACGGUGGCUGGACAGCAUGGUGAAAAUCUAAAGAGCACCAAAAGCGUGAUUGCUGAUUUGAAUCGCAGGAUCCAGAGGUUUAAGGCUGAAAUUGAGAAUGUCAAGAAACAGAUUGCAAGUCUUCAAGCAGCCAUUGCUGAGGCAGAAAAACGCGGAGAGCUUGCAUUGAAAGAUGCCCGGGAGAAAUUGACUGAGCUAGAAGAAGCUCUAAAGAAGGCCAAGGAAGACCUGGCCCGCCAGUUAAAGGAAUACCAGGACCUACUGAAUCUUAAAUUGGCUUUGGAUAUUGAAAUUGCCACCUACAGAACUCUACUGGAAGGAGAAGAAGACAGAAUAUCUGGACAAAUUGUCAACAAUGUCAGCAUCUCUGUGGUCAGUGGUGGUUCUUCAAGUGUAGGAUAUGCCUCUGGUGGUGGCGGAGGGUAUUCAACCGGAGGAGGAUAUAGUUCCGGAGGAGGAUAUAGUUCCGGAGGAGAUCACGGGGAUACCCUUGAUUAG